ACGGGGGCAAGAGGAUGCCGGGCCCACGUGGCCAGCCUGACGGACUUCGGCGGGGUGGGCGACGGGGUGACCUCCAACACGGUGGCCUUUGCGGCGGCCGUGGCCAACCUCAGUAAGGUGGCGUACGACGGCGGCGCGAUGCUGGUGGUGCCGGCCGGCCGGUGGCUCACCGGGCCCUUCAACCUCGCCGACCACUUCACCCUCUUCCUCGACCACGACGCCGUCAUCCUCGCCACUCAGGAUAUCAACGAGUGGCCGAUCAUUGACCCUUUGCCCUCCUACGGUAGAGGAAGAGAUGCGGCUGGGGGUAGAUACAGUAAUCUCAUCAUGGGAUAUAACCUAACCGAUGUGGUCAUAAUAGGGAAUAAUGGAACUAUCGAUGGACAAGGUGAAACCUGGUGGAAAAUGUUCCGUAACAAAGAACUCAAUUACACUCGUGGAUACCUCAUUGAAUUGAUGUACUGCAAACAAGUGCUGAUUUCCAACAUUACAUUGGUUAACUCUCCAUCGUGGAAUGUCCAUCCAGUGUACAGCAGCCACGUAAUCGUCUCAGGCAUCACAAUUCUUGCACCGGUCAACUCUCCCAACACUGAUGGGAUCGAUCCAGACUCAUCCUCCAAUGUCCGCAUUGAGGACUGCUACAUAGUCUCAGGCGAUGACUGCAUCGCCAUUAAAAGCGGUUGGGAUGAGUACGGGAUUGCAUUCAACAUGUCAAGCAAACACAUAGUGAUCAGACGGCUCACCUGCAUCUCCCCCACGAGCGCUGUCAUCGCCCUGGGAAGCGAGAUGUCGGGAGGAAUCCAAGAUGUCCGGGCCGAAGACAUCACGGCCAUCCACUCCGAAUCCGGCGUCAGGAUCAAGACGACCAUCGGAAGGGGAGCUUACGUGAAGGACAUAUUCGUGAGAAGAAUGAAUCUGCACACAAUGAAGUGGGUCUUCUGGAUGACGGGCACCUACGGGCAGCACCCGGACGACAAAUUUGAUCCGAAAGCCAUUCCGGUGGUGCAGAAUAUCAGUUACAGCAACGUGGUGGCCGAGAACGUGACCAUGGCCGCGAAGCUGGAGGGGAUUCCCGGCGCGCCCUUCACCGGAAUAUGCAUCUACAAUGUGACGGCGGAGGUGGUGAAGUCGAAGAAGCCGAUUUGGAACUGCACCGACGUGGAGGGCGUAUCGAGUCACGUGACGCCCACUCCCUGUGCGCAGAUUCCGGAAUAUCCAGAUCGUAUAACGCAUUGCCCCUUCCCUGAAGAUGAUCUACCUGUGAAUGGUGUUGGGCUAGAGGAGUGUAACUCGUCUAGGCGUUGGUUGACCCAGGACAACUGGGCCCUGAGCGAGUCGUCCACCAAGUCAAACGAUACGGUGUCAAGCUUGAAGUGGGGUAGUGUGUUGAUGAUUUUAGUGCUGUGGACGGUAACAGCGGCGUUCAUAGGGAUCGCUGAGGGCCAUCGCCACCACCGGCAGGCAGGUGGUGCGACGGAGCUAGAAGCCUUCCACUACGCAGCGGCGGGGGCAAGAGGAUGCCGGGCCCACGUGGCCAGCCUGACGGACUUCGGCGGGGUGGGCGACGGGGUGACCUCCAACACGGCGGCCUUUGCGGCGGCCGUGGCCAACCUCAGUAAGGUGGCGUACGACGGCAGCGCGAUGCUGGUGGUGCCGGGCGGCCGGUGGCUCACCGGGCCCUUCAACCUCACCGACCACUUCACCCUCUUCCUCGACCACGACGCCGUCAUCCUCACCACUCAGGUCCGCCUCCCUCCUCCGCCCCCUUCCCCCACCUUCUCCUCCAUCUAUUUCGAUGUAGAGUGCAUGUUCAUAAUCGUUCACGGCUUGUUUGCCAUUAUCAUCGCCUCUAUCAUCCUCGAUGGUGAUUAUGGCUAG